AUAGAGGUCGAAUGUAUCGAAAGGUUUUACGUUGUCGUUUCAGCGGGCGCUAAACUCAGGGGCGCUCGUAUUUGAAUUUCGGAUAAAAAAUAAAACCAUGUAAACUGUUAGAAGUUUAAGAUGACUAACAAAAACACACAAACAAGGAUGACAGUUGGGCUGAGAGACGGCAUCGGUUUCGAUGACCCGAAUAAUUCGGGCAGAAAGCUUGACGGUUGUGACGAGGAGGAGAGCGGAGAUCAGGGGAGCGAGGAGCGUAGUACAAAGAGAGACGGAUUGGAAAUUCAUACUCAAUCAACUACGGGCUGCAACAGUUCAGCAUCGGUUAUUACCACCUCCGUAUCGAACUCGUCUGGACCUUGCUCGAGCCAACAGCCCCGGUCCUCGACAGCACCGAGUCACGACCAGCAUCAUUUUCUGAGAUCCAGCGUUCGACCCCCGAGCAAACGAAUCCGGAAGGAUUCCAUCGCCCCAACUAUCAAUGGUCACAACGGGGCGAAAUCGAAAGGUUCAGAGAAUGGUCCCUCUCACCAGGUGUCGGCUGGUCAGUCCGGCUCCACGUCAGGCUCUACGGGACCCUCAGGCAAGGCUGCCCCUAGAGGCCAAGGACCCGGGGACAAGGAGGAGCCAGUGGGCAGCCAGAAGAGACCCAGGAGACAGUGGGAGUCCUGGAGUGCAGAGGACAAGAACAGCUUCUUCGAAGGGCUCUACGAGCAUGGGAAGGACUUUGAGGCGAUCCAGACAAACAUAGCGUUGAAGCAUAAGAAGGGGAAGCCAGCCAGCAUGGUGAAGAACAAAGAGCAAGUCCGACACUUCUACUACCGCACCUGGCACAAGAUCUCCAAGCACAUCGACUUCGCCAACGUGUACUCCCGUGUGCUGAAGAAGUCCUCUCAGGAGCUGUACGGUCUCAUCUGCUACGCUGAGCUAAGGAAGAAGGUUGGAGGAUUGAUGGACGAUAAGAACGUGGCCAAGCUUAACGAGCUCAUCCAACAGGGGGCGACCACAGUGCGUUCUAAAGGCAGGAAUCUGCGCAUCAAAGCUCCCAUGUGCCGUGCGCUCAAGAGGCUGUGUGACCCAGAUGGAGUGAGUGAUGAAGAGGACCAGAAGCCUGUGCGUCUACCUCUGAAAGUUGCUGUGGAGCUGCAGCCGCGUAGCAACCACUCCUGGGCCCGUGUCCAGAGUCUGGCCCAUAAUCCUCGCCUCAGGAUGGUGGUGGAGCUGCAUAGGAAGGUGUCCAGCCUGAUCGAGUUCCUGAAACAGAAGUGGGAUGUCCAGGAUCAGCUCAUCCUGAAGAGCCUGCAGGAGCGCGAGGCGUUAGAGGGAACCCAACAGCACAGUGGUGGCGGUAGCGGCAGCCCUGCUCUUCCCUGCAGAGCAGACGAGGACCUGUUCCUGUACCCAGCUGAGACCAGCACCCUGACCGCCCUGCCCAGCGUAGCCCGUGUGGUCCACUCCAAGGCCUCCUGCACCGUCCACUGGCAGGAGAGCGGCAAGCCCCGGCCCGGCCCCAAGGAGCUGAUCCCCACCGCCCAGAUUCUGGGCAUCCAGGGGGCCCCGCUCCUCCUCCUCCCUCGGGGGGGUGUGGCCAAACCUGGGUGGGGCGGUGGUGGUGGGGAUGCUCGACGGGUAGGGGGCGAGACCCCUGUAUCCAUGCCUGAAGGAGGAACGUCGGGAGGAGGAGUAGGGCCAGAGCACAAGAAUCUGAACCAGAUAACAUCUCCUUCUCCUGUACGUCCUCUUCCUUCUCCUUCGUCUUUGCUGCUGUUGUCUAUGGCUCAGAAACAGGAGGGUGGUGCAGCCGCGGGGCAGGUGGAAGGGGAGAAGCGGCUGGGGGGAGGACCAGGGGUAGGGAAGGCCUUGGGGGCCAAGGAAGGAGAUGGGGACUCCAAUUCUCAGGGCCAGGGGGAAGGUUCUUGCUCUGCUACUGAGCCGUGCAGGCAUGAUGAGCGGACCCCAGGGCUUAACGGCAGUGACAGUGCCUCUCCAGAGAGGAACUCCCUCCCCCUGUUGGACCCCCUGGUUCCCACCACACCUCCACUGGCAACGGUGCCGCAACAGGUGGAGGAUGUCCCUCCAGACCAGGGGCAGGGGUGGACAGCAGCCCCAGGAAAAGAGGAGGUUGAUGGAGGCAGCACCACAACCCCGGUGUCUGGUGGUCGGUCGGCCCAGCGGAUCUGUGAUGAGGGCUGGAGCUCGCGGGGGUCAGACAGCAACGUGACUCUGGCAGAGCUGUACCUGAUGCUGGGGAAACCUGGGAAACUGCAGCUUCUGUACGAGUGGCAGCCGGCUGCUAUUGCAGCCCCGGAGCUGGGGGAGGAGGGGCUACAGGGACCAGGGCAGACAUGCCCACAGCUACAGUCACCACACCCUCUGCCCCUACCCUCCACCCACCGUGUCCUGCGCUGUCUGCUCCGGCUGGUGUCAUCAGAGGUCAACCCCAAACCUGCUCCAGAGCUGUGCUCCACAGCCGCGUCUCCGGUAAAGCCAUCCCAGGAGGAACAGUCCCUCACCCCCCCAGGCAAGGCCCCGGCUGUGGGGUUACGGAGCCCCAACUGUGGACGACUGCCGCCCCUGGGGGUCCGAGCGGCAAAGCUGAUGUUAACAAACACUGGAUUGUCCGGUCGUAACCUCCCGCGGUCUCUGCUGGUGUCCGGGGGAGACUCAGAUGGUGGGGUGUUUGCCGUUCCCACCACCCUGCCCCCCAACAGCUCCCGACACUCCCGCAUGUUCUCCCCCAACAAGGAGGCCGAGCUCGCCUUCCGACAACAGCUCGACUCCAUCAGCAUGCAGUCAGACAUUUUCCUGCCGAAACAAAGGAAAAACAGGAGCCGGCCACUUCGAAAGCCCCUCGUGGUCCAGAGAACCCUGCUCCCCCGCACCACUGGAGACACUCCUCAACACGUCUGCUCCUUCUCCAUCCUCUCCAACUCAUCUGCCACUGGAACAGGCUCUUUCCGGCCAAUCCAGCCCCGUCUCUCUCCCUCCACCCGCCCCCUCCUCCCCAGAACUCCGCCCAUCACCUCUGGCCCUAGGAUGUCCAGUCAGCUCUCCAGUGCCAUUGACCUGGCAGCCAAGUCAGCAGGCAUCAUCCCAGGCAGCCCCUGUCGGGAGUUGGAGGCCCCCAGUCCAGACGGAAGGCCCCUCUCGACCUCUCACCCUGGAGUGGCGCAUGCUAGUCAUGGUCCUCCCCAGACACAGCUCCUUCAGCAGGCCUCUGAGGUUUCGCUGCAGAACGGCCUCACCCCUCUGUCUCCAGGAGUGGCAGGUGACUCUCUCCUCUCCCCGCCCAGCGUGGCCUCUCUACUGGACAUCUCUCUCCCGGGACCCCUGGAGGAAGCCAUGGCUCCUGGAGGGCCACAAACGCACAUCAGUGACUCAAUCAUUGAGCUGGCCAUCAACUCGGCACACUACGGUGAUGAGGCAUCCCUCUCUCCUGCCAAGCUGAAUGGUAGUGAGUGCUCUAAGCUCCUACCCUGUACCUCAGUCAGCCCCUCCAGAGGCUGGAUCCCUUCCCCCAGCCAUGACCCCCAGUGGUACGCCAACGACUCCACUGACUCUUCAUUUGGUCUGCCUGCUAUCGAGCCUGGUGUCCCCUGAUAAGGGUAGACGAAGCUCCCUUACCCCCUCCAGUGGAACAGCCUCCUCGACCCAGUUUCUGGACUGCAACUCCAUGAUUCCUUUCAGUCCCGCGCCUGCCAGA